GAGAGAGGGUGAGAGAGAGGGUGAGAGGGAGAGAGAGAGAAGGAUAGAGAGAGAGAGAGAUUACGUUUAACCAUUAACUGAAAACAAGCCAUUGUUAAGCAGUAAAGCAGAGUCAGUCUCUCCACCACUCCGCGACGGUCAGCCAUCUGUGUCUGCUGCUCCACACUUUGGUCUCUCCGUCCAUCUCUCCAUCCGUCCAUCCGGCCAUCCGUCCAUCUCUCCAAGCACGUGUCUGUCCGUCUGACUGUUCUUUCUGAUGGAAAUCAUUAUAAGAUAUUAUUAAUAAUUAUAGAUGUUUUUAAUAAUUUAUAUUAUUACCAAUAAUAAUAGAUAUUAUUCUUAAUAACUGACCACCUGUGGAUAGACCAUCUCAUCGGAGGAGGAGGAGCUGAGAAGAAGAACUCUACGCUAACAUUUGUUAAAGUUUAAGUUUUAAAGCAAAAAUAUCACAACAAAAUUAGAAAUCAGACUGAAGAGAAGAUGGGCUUCGCUGACCUGCUGCAGGAGGUGGGGGGGUUCGGCAGGUACCAGUGGCUUCAUGUGACUCUGAUCAGUUUACCAGGUCUGUUGAUGGCGAGUCAGAACUUGCUCAACAACUUUGUCUCUGGAAUCCCUGCCCACCACUGCCGCCUGCCGGCCAAUCAUAGCCUCUACAGCCUGCCUUCCAAUCACAGCCUCUACAGCCUGCCGGCCAAUCACAGCCUCUACAACUUGUCUGUCCACCAGGUGAAUGAGAAGCAGCUGCUGAAAGCAUUCAUCCCUCUGGACUCUUCAGGAACUAGACUGGACCGCUGCAGGAGGUUUGUGGAGCCCCAGUGGUGGCUGCUAGAUGCUAACAGCUCCGCUAACGUUAGCGCGCUGCAGACCGAGGGAUGUUUGGACGGAUGGACGUUCGACACCUCCGAGUUCCUCGCCACCACCGUCUCCGAGUGGGAGCUGGUGUGUUCUCUGCGUCCUCUGAAGCAGAUGAUCCAGACCAUCUACAUGGGCGGCGUGUUGUCCGGCGCCGUCAUCUACGGCGGCCUCUCAGACAGGUUUGGGAGGCGGUCUAUCCUGAUCUGGUCCUACCUGCAGCUGGGGAUUCUGGGUUGUAGCUCCGCCCUCUCCCCAUCCUACACGGUCUACUGCGUCUUCAGGUUCCUGAGUGGGAUGGCGGUAUCUGGCAUCAUCCUGAAUGCAGUCUCUCUAAAGGUGGAGUGGAUUCCGACCAGAGAGAGGACGCUAGUGGGCACACUCACCUCCUUCUUCUUCACUUUUGGUCAGGUGAUCCUGGCGGGGCUCGCCUAUUGGCUGAGAGACUGGAGGAAGCUGCAGGUGGUUGUCUGUGCCCCCCAGUUCCUGUUCUUUGCCUACAGCUGGUGGUUCUCUGAGUCUGCCCGCUGGUUGGUCCUGAACCGCCGGUCUGAUGAGGCGUUGAAGAGUCUUCACCGAGUUGCUCGAAUCAACGGAAAACCAGAGAUGGUCAACAAGCUAACCCUGGAGGUCCUGACCUCCCACAUGAGGAAGGAGAUUGAGUCGAGUCGUUCUUCAUUGACGGCGUUUGACCUGCUGAGGACGCGAGGCAUGAGACGCAUCUCGGUGUGCCUUGUCUUCGUCUGGUUCUCCACCAGUUUUGCUUACUACGGUUUGGCGAUGGACCUGCAGAAGUUUGGGGUUAGUAUCUACCUGAUGCAGAUCAUCUUUGGAGCCGUCGAUAUUCCCGCCAAAUUGUUGGCUCUGGGCAUGCUCAGUUACCUGGGGAGGAGGGUCUCUCAGGCAACCUGUCUCUUCCUGUCGGCACUUAUUAUCUUUGCCAACAUCUUUGUCCCGGCAGGUAACACUCACACACAGGCUACACACACAGAUAAGACUUACACACAGACGCAUGGACCGUCCCUCAACCAAUCAGACGCCUGGACUCUUUCUUAA